AUGGCUGUUAAUCAUGCAGUCAUUUUUUUAAUACGUACACCUUUUAUGGUAGCUUUUGCUGAAGACUUUUACCAAGAUAUUGGUAUCACUUGGGGAGAUGGGAGAGGUAAGAUUCUGAACAAUGGUCAGCUUCUUAAUUUGUCUCUAGACAGAACCUCUGGCUCUGGCUUUAAAUCCAAUAAUCAAUAUCUUUAUGGUAAUAUUGACAUGCAAACCAAUAUUGUACUUGGGAAUUCAGCUGGCACAGUCACUGCUUAUUAUCUACGUUCAGCUACGUCCAAAAGGGUUAUCAUGGGAUGA